AUGGCCAACGUCACUGCAAUAAGCGAAUUCAUCUUUGUGGGCUUCUCUGAUGUCCAGGAGCUACAGACUGUAUGUGGAGUGUUUUUCCUAAUGAUGUACAUGGCAGCCCUAACAAGUAACCUGAUCAUCAUCAUUCUUACUACCCUUGACCUGCAGCUUCAAACACCCAUGUACUUCUUCCUGAAGAAUUUGUCCCUGUUGGACGUCUUCUUUGUCUCAGUUACCAUCCCAAAUUUAGUUGUAAAUAGUCUAACACACAACAAUUUCAUUUCCAUUCUUGGUUGUGCAGUCCAAGUAUUUUUAUUGAGUUCUUUCACGGGUGGAGAAGUAUUUAUUCUGACUGUCAUGUCCUAUGACCGCUAUGUUGCGAUUUGCAGUCCCCUGCACUAUGAUGCCAUCAUGAAUGGUGGUACCUGUGUACUGAUGGUGAGUGUUUCAUGGGCUACUGGGGUAUUCUUUGGAGCCAUAUAUACAGCUGGCACAUUUUCUGGGCCUUUUUGUGGUUCCAAUGUGAUUCCACAGUUUUUCUGUGAUGUCCCCUCAUUGCUAAGGAUUUCCUGUUCUGAAAGACUAGAGCUCAUUUAUACAGGUCUUGGAAUUGGUCUUUGUUUAGGUAUUUCUUGCUUUACCUGUGUAGUGAUCUCUUACUUUUACAUUUUCUCCACUGUACUGAAGAUUCCUACUGCUAAAGGGCAGUCCAAAGCAUUUGCCACGUGCAUCCCCCACCUCACUGUGUUCACUGUUUUCAUUGUUACUGCUUGCUUUGUCUAUCUGAAGCCACCCUCAAUAGUACCAUCGAUCACAGACAGGCUUUUUUCUGUGCUCUACACUGUGUUACCUCCAGCACUCAAUCCUUUGAUCUACAGUCUGAGAAACAGGGAUGUAAAGUGUGCUCUGGGGAGGUUACAGCAAAAUCUUUGUGCAAGAUAUUCACUUCAUUUAAUACUUCAAAAUAUCUGUCAGUGGUAUAGUGUCUCACAAGUUACAAGCAAGUUUCGUAGUUUUUGA